AUGGCACGGCCGGUUAAGAGGCAAGCAGUACAAGGAGCACAAGAUGAGAUUGAUGAGAAACACCUUUUGGCUUUCAUUGUGAAGGACAAAUAUAAAGAAGAACAAAAAUGCAAAGAAGAACUCGAGAAAUAUUGUAAAGAGUUGAAGGAAGCAGAUAAAAAUCUAGAGAAUGUGGAUGAUAAAGUUAAAGGACUUUGUGAUGAUAAAAAACGAGACGAAAAAUGCAAAGACGUGAAAAAAAAAGUUGAAGAUGAAUUAAAAGAUUUUGAAGAGGAACUUCAAAAAGUAUUGAAUAAUAUAAAAGAUGAAAAUUGCGAAAAAUAUGAAGAAAAAUGUAUACUUUUAGAAGAGACGGAUUAUGAUGUUAUUAAGGAUAACUGUAUCGAGUUGAGGGAAGGAUGUUACAAAUUGAAGCGUGAAAAGGUGGCAGAGGAGCUUCUUUUGAGGGCGCUCGGAGGGGAUGCUAAAGAAGAAGCUAAAUGUAAAGGAAAGAUGAAUACUGUUUGCCCAGUGUUGAGCCGAGAAAGCGACGAAUUGAUGUCUUUUUGCCUUGAUUCUGCUAAAACAUGUGGAGAUCUGAAAAAAAAAUUGGGUACUGUUUGCGAGCCUUUAAAAAAAGAGCUUAAAGAUAACGAAUUAGCGGAAAAGUGUCAUGAAAGACUUGAGAAAUGUCAUUUUUACGGAGAAGCGUGUGAUGAUGCGAAAUGCAAGAAGUUUGAGGAGCAAUGCAAGGGAAAAAAUAUUAUAUAUAAAGCGCCAGAAUCUGAUCUUAGUCCUGUCAAGCCGAGGGCGUCCUUGUUGAGAAGUAUUGGGUUGGAUGAUGUGUAUAAAAACGCGGAAAAACAUGGGAUUAUUAUUGGAAAAUCAGGAGUGGAUCUACCAAGGAAGUCAGGUACAAAAUUUCUGCAAGAUCUCUUGCUACUGUUGAGCAGAGAUGAGAAGCAGACGGAUGCAGAUAAAAAGUGCACCGAAGCAUUAGGAAAAUGUGGUGCUUCUGAAUAUUUGAAUACUGAUUUGAUGAAGUUAUGCAAAGAUAGUGAUAAACAAAAUAAAUGCAAAAAAAUACUAGAUGUAAAAGAAAGAUGUACAAAACUCAAAUUAAAUCUUUAUGUGAAAGGGUUGUCUACGGAGUUUAAAGAAGAACAAGAAUCAAAACUUUUAUCGUGGGGACAGCUUCCAACCCUUUUUAUAAAAGGAGAGUGUGCAGAACUUGAGUCGGAAUGCUUCUAUUUAGAAAAUGCGUGUACGAAUAAGAUUGGUGAAGCAUGUCAAAAUGUACGAUCAGCGUGCUAUAAAAAGGGACAAGACAGGAUGUUGAAUACGUUGUUUCGAGAGGAGAUGAAGGGAAAGCUUGCUAAUAUAAAAUAUUUUAAUGAUACUGAAAGUUGCAAAAAAUCAGUGGCAAAAAAGUGUGCAGAACUUGAUAAAAGAUACCUUUCAAAAUGUCUUUACCCUAAAAGACUAUGUUAUGUGCUUUCAGAUGAUAUUUUUCUUCAAUCAAAAGAGUUAAGUGUGCUUUUAGAUGAUCAGAGAGAUUUUCCAUUAGAAAAGGAUUGUGUUGAAUUGGGAGAGAAGUGUGAUGAACUUGGUAGUGAUUCAUUAUUGAAUUUAGAAAAGUGUAUAACAUUGAAAAGACGCUGUGAAUACUUUAAGGUUACAGAAAGAUUUAGAAAAGUAUUUUUAGAAAGAAAAGAUCAUUCAUUAUACGAUGAGCAAAAUUGUACGAAGGCGUUGCAUGAGAAAUGUGAAGCUUUAUUUAGGAAAAGGAGGAAUCCAUUUGAGUUUUCAUGUGCUUUGCAAGAAGAAACAUGUCAACGUAUGGUAUACCAUACAACUCAAGAUUGUAUUUAUUUAAAAGACAACAUCAAAAAUAAAAAAAUUCUAGAACAAAUUGGAAAAGUAAAACAGGAUAAAUCAAAAGAAGCAGAAGUAGAAGAACUCUGCACAACAUGGGGUAAAUAUUGUCACCAACUUAUGGAGAAUUGUCCAGAUAAGUUGAAAAAAAAAGACAAUGACAAUAAUCAAAACUGCGAAGAACUCGAAAAAAAAUGCACUGAUACCUUUAAAAAGUUGGAAUUGAAGGAUGAGCUGACUCAUCUGUUGAAAGGCAGCUUAAAGGAUAAAGAAAAAUGUAAAGUAACACUAGGACAGCGUUGCCCUGAGUUGAAAAAUAAUGAUACAUUCAAAAUUCUGCUUACUAAUUGUGAAGAUUCCUUGGAAAAUGUUUGCGCGGAAUUAGUUAAAAAAGUACAGAAGAAAUGUCCUACUUUAAAAGACGAACUGAAUAAAGCGAAAGAUGAGUUGACAAAGAUGAAGACUGAGUACGAAAAUGCUAAAAAGGCGGCAGAAGAAUCUACAAACAAAGCUAGCUUAUUGCUAUCAAAGUCUGGAAAAGCCGCAAUGCCAACUGCGCAGAAUGGCAGUGCUUCUGCACCACCAUCAGCACCAGCAGAAUCAGGAUCAUCACCAGCAUCAGGGUCACCACCAGCAUCAGAGCCAUCAACUAAUGGAAAGGUGGACACGCCAGCUGGAGGAUCAGGGACACAAGAUAAAACAUCAGACGCAUCAGGUCAAACGACGAAGUAUACAAAACUUGGACUCGUUAAAAGAGCAUAUGUAGCUGAAGGAGUAUCAGAAGAAGAGGUAAAAGCAUUUGAUGCAACGACGGUAGCAUUGGAAUUGUAUUUGGAAUUGAAAGAGGAAUGCAAUGCUUUAGAACUAGAUUGCGGUUUUAAAGAGGAUUGUGAGGAAUCUAAACCAGCUUGUAAAGAAAUAGAAGAGUUAUGCAAAGGAAUAGAAUCAUUAAAAGUUACGCCUCAUCAUACAGAGACGCAAAAAGAAAUCUCAACCACUACGACGACCACUACUACGACCACUACCACGACUACUACCACGACUACGACGACAACUACUACGACAACCAAACCGGGAAGUGGAGGAAAAGUAACAGAAGAGUGUACAAUGAUACAAACAACAGAUACAUGGGUGACGAGUACGUCAUUGCAUACGAGUACGAUAACGAGUACGUCAACGGUGACGUCGACAGUGACGUUGACGUCGAUGCGCAAGUGCAAGCCUACCAAAUGUACUACUGAUUCAAGCAAAGAGACACAGAAAGAAGAAGAAGAAGAAGUAAAACCAAAUGAUGGGGUGAAAAUAAGAGUUCCUGAUAUGAUUAAAAUAAUGUUGUUGGGAGUGAUUGUUAUGGGGAUGAUGUAA